AAAAAGGUUAAGUGCACGGGUGUCGUUCCUUGCGCCAACUGCGAGAGGACUAGAAAUAGAUGUGAGUUUACCGGGACUGCUAAAAAACGUGGCCCUAGGAAUGGCACCGUCGAGGUAAUCAAAAGUCCGGCGAAAAGAAUCGAAAAUGCAUUGAAGAAGGAUCCAAGUCUCAAAGAUACAUUUGAUGAUUUAUUAGCCAAGAAAAACUUUUGUCCGUCGGUUCAUCCUACGAGGCCACCAUCAUCAAUUACGCCCACCAAUGCCUCCAUAGUGAUAAUCGAUGAUGAUACAGGAAUUGCCACGGACAGAUUUCAAUCUCAUUGCAUUCCACGAUCGACAUACGCAAAUGUCUCGGGAAACUAUUCAAAUCCCGUUCCGCUAGCGGAUAUUUCACGACAAAGAAAUGUUCCCAUGAAUCUAAAUGUGUAUCCACGGGAUGAUGUCUCCAGUGAAAUUUGCCGAGAAACCGGACGGGAGUUUGAUCAAACAUCGACAAUCCUGAGGCGACCCGUGGCCUUAUAUCCUCAAGUUAUGCAUACGAAUCACGUGACCAAUGGCGUUCAGUUCCCCAAACCUCAUCAAGAUAAUGUAUCCCCUGCGACAAAUUCGUCUCCGCCGAAAUCUCACUCAUUACCUGGCAAUUAUUCAGAGACACCGAGGCCUUGUUCUACUUUGGGCUCUUUGCCACCUUUUCCUUUCGAACCUUUGACAUUGCCACCUCCAUGGGCUCUACCCCCUAGAAAGUCAAUGCCGAUGCCGAUUUUUGGCUCUUCUUCGGGAAUGCAAGUUUUACUUCCCCCCGCUCCCGAUGUAGAAAACCCUCUAAAUCCUUGGUCAAAAUAUACCACACCUCAACUUGAUGAUCCGCAGAAUCUAACCUUGAAACCGUUAAACGUGAACAACGACGAUAAUUCAUCACAUCACGACAUUGACUUUUAUUCCGAAUCGGCGGCAAUUAAUUUUCCUUCACCAUCUUCCCUAUCUCCGAAGUCCAGUUCACCAGGAAUCUACCAGCAGGCUUCGAAAAAAUUUAUCUCGCAUACUCCGACUUAUUCGUUAUCCCCGCCGCAGACUCCACGCAGUUAUUCUAUGGAAUCGUCGCGACCGGCUCCAUGGUGUAACGAUGGAGGAGUGGAAACUCGUCUCACACCAUAA